CCUCCCAAAGUGCUGGGAUUACAGGUUUUGUCGCCAAGAGUGACCUUGAGGAACCCUGGGAGCUCAGGAAGGAAGGAGCGCCCAGAAGCAGGGACAGGGAGCUGGUUGGGGAGGACAAGAAAUCAGGUUAUCAAUUCUCUGCAUGACCAUUUUCAUCCUGGGACUGACUUUUGUGGAAUUCUGUGGAUAGUUAUCAUUAUUGUGUUUCUGGGAAUUUCUACACUUGCCAUUUUCCUCUGGAAAACUAAUCUUUGUGUGUCUUUCCUGAAGACUGUCUUAAAGUCACAAAAUGUACAUGACAGAUCCACAGAUGUACAUCGGAAAGCCUGGAGGUCCAAUAGCCGUAGCCAGGAAGGAAUUAAAAUUGGCAUGGAAGACCUCUAUACUUCACGGAGACAUAUGGAAGCCAAAGUUCGAACUGAAGUCCAUAAGGUGACGACGAAGGUCAACAGUCAUUACAAAAUCAAUGGACAGAGGAAGACUCCCAAGGAAGAGAAGCUAAGAAUGAAAGAAUGUGAGCAAGCAGAAAAGGACAGGCAGCUAUCAGAGGCAGAGGAAAAUGGGAAAUCGAUUAUGAAAGAAAUAGACACCGACAUGAAAUUGUUUCACGCUGCGGAAAGGUUGCGGCGGCGGGCAGAGGACUACUACAGACGCAAAAUCGCCCCUUCUGCAAGAAAGCCUCAUGCCAACUGGGUAAGUUUGUUUGUUUUCCUUGCUUUUGGACAUAGUCUGCCAGGUCAGGACAUGGAUGUGUUUUUCUGCCCACAGCUCUGUGCUCCAGCCUUGCAGAGGAAGAUGGCAGAGAGGAAGGCUGCCUCCAAGCAGCAAAGGUGUGAAAUGAGGGAAAAACAGAGAGUGCCACAGAGACACAUGCGUCGGGAGCCAGUCCAGGGACGACCGGGCCUAGAGAACCCUUUCUGGAGGGGUCAGAAUGGCUGCAGUGGAGCAUCAUCAUUCCUCAGGAUUGCCCUACUGGCCCGACCUCACAGCUGAAACUUUCAGAAAAAGGAAGGGCCGCCAGGCACCUCCUCCAACUCAGUGUCAUCUGGGAGGUCAACCACCUCCAUCAGCUAAAGAUCGUCUGAGACCUCUGAAUCUGUCUCGACUACAGUGUCGACAAGGACCUCAACCACAUUCUACAACUGAUGAGUUUCUGAGAAGAGAUAAACUUCAAGUUGAGUGUCCCCUGGGACCUGUUCCAUUUCCUCCAGCUGAAGAUUUUGUGAGCCUCAAAACACCUCCCGAGUGUCUUCUGGUACCUCUUCCACCCUCUCCAGUUGACAACUUUCUGACACC